GAGAGAGAGAUAUUUUGACUUGAUUUUGUGGUAGCAGAUUGGAAUUGGUUUUUGUGUUAAGAGCCAUUAAAGCGAUUGAUGAUUACUUCUGGAUUUGCUUCCACAUAUUCAGCUCUCAGCGAUGCAGCUGGAAUCGCCGGGAAUGUGUUCGCAUUUGUGUUGUUUCUUUCACCUUUAACUUCUGUCUUCUUUGGCAGACCCACAUUUAGAAGAAUUUUGAGAAACCAAUCAACAGAAGAGUUCUCCGGUUUGCCUUAUAUUUAUGCUCUGUCGAGUUGUUUGAUCGGCUUCUGGUAUGGUGUGCCCAUUGUAUCACCUGAUAUUAUAUUGGUUGCGACUGUCAAUUUCAUUGGGGCACUUUUCCAGUUUACCUAUAUAAUCAUGUUUAUUAUAUAUGCUGAGAAACGAAAGAAGGUGAAAAUGCUGGGAUUUUUGCUCUCAGUUUUAAGCAUAUUUGCAAUUAUUGUAUUUGUGAGCUUGAGGUUGCUUGAUUCUCCUAUGCGGCAGAUCUUUGUUGGAUACUUGAGUGGUGCUUCUCUCAUAUCCAUGUUUGCAUCGCCAUUGUUUAUAAUUAAAUUGGUGAUCCGAACACGAAGUGUUGAGUUCAUGCCAUUUUAUCUUUCACUGUCAACCUUCUUGAUGAGCAUAUCUUUCUUUGCCUAUGGAAUCUUUAAGGGUGAUCCUUUCAUUUAUGUGCCAAAUGGGAUUGGAUCUGUUCUGGGGUCAGUACAAUUAAUUUUGUAUAGCUAUUACAGCAACACAUCCAGAGAAGACUCGAGAGAACCCCUGAUAACGUCUUUUCAUGAAUGAUAACUCCCAGAGAGGUAAAAGAUUGAUUUUAGAUGCUUUUAUUGAGAAUUUGAAAUCCUUCUAUUUUUCUUCUGUGAGGUGGUGCUUGUAUUGUAUUUUUUUUGCAUGGACAAGUUCGAAAUCGGAUGCUGUAACUGCAACUGGAAACAUGUACAAUAUAUUGAUUUUCAAAUGGAAAGACUCUUAUGCAAAUAAAUGGAUGUUUCGGUAAUUCCAGAACUGUUUUGGUUCUUUUGGCUUCAUCCAUAGACACUAGAACAGAAACAGAAAAUUUAUGAAGGAUAUGAGGACAAAAGCUGAAUGCACUAGAGAGAGGACAUUUAGAGAAUCAAUUAGCAUACAUUCUUGAAGCCGCUGAAAAAUGAAGAAAGAAGAAACAUUAUGUUCAAUACCAGAAGCAAUAGCUUGGCUUGUGUCAGUUGAUA